ACGGACCAGGACAGCCAAGGGCAGUCCCAGAGGGAGCCUGGGCACCUCAGGGGCUCAAGACAAGGCAUCUCCUUGCCACAGCCUGGACCCUGGGAGAGGGGACACCUGUGACCCCACCUGGAGCCCUGAGGCAGAGGGUGGCACCAGGAUGGACAUCUGCCAAGACCCGGUGCCCCGCCGCCCCGUGAAGACCCUGCAGAAGCAGUGGCUGGAAGAACUGGGCGCCCUGCACUAUGUGCUGACAUUGUGCUCAGUCCCAUUUUCCUUCCUUCUUCUCUUCCUCCUCCUCUUCACACGGCUCUGGCCUCUGUCUGUUCUCUACAUGUUGUGGCUCUACCUGGACCGGAACACUCCCAGCCAAGGGGGAAGGCGAUUUGUGUGGCCAAGGACCUGGGCCAUCUGGAAACACCAAAGGGAUUACUUUCCUAUCAAGCUGGUGAAGACAGCAGAGCUGCCCCCCAGCCAGAACUAUGUGCUGGGGGCCCACCCCCACGGCAUCUUGAGCACUGGAGCCUUCAGUAAUUUCCUCACUGAGAGCAAUGACUUCUCCCAGCUCUUCCCGGGGCUGCAGCCCUGGCUAGCCAUGCUGUCUGGUUUAUUCUACGUCCCCUUUUUCCGAGAAUACAUCAUGAUGCAUGGACUGCGUCCCGUGAGCCUUACCAGCCUGGACUUUGUGCUGUCUCAGCCCCAGCGGGGCCAGGCGGUGGUCAUCGUGAUCGGGGGAGCCCAGGAGGCCCUGUAUACAACCCCAGGGCAGCACAGCCUGGAACUCCUGAAUCGCAAAGGCUUUGUGCGCCUGGCACUGAGGCACGGGGCCUCCUUGGUGCCUGUGUACUCCUUUGGGGAGAACGACACCUUCAGGUGCAAGGCUUUCUCCAAAGGCUCCUGGCAGUACCUGUGCCAGGUCACCUGCAAAAGGGUCACCAGCAUAGCUCCCUGCAUCUUCUGGGGCUGUGGUCUCUUCUCGCCCAACUCCUGUGGUCUGCUGCCCCUGCCCGUGCCCAUCACCACUGUGGUGGGCGGCCCCAUCCCCGUGCCCCAGUGCAGCAGCCCCAGCCAGGAGCAAGUUGACCACUACCACAGGCUCUACAUGGACGCCCUGGAGCGGCUGUUUGAGGAGCACAAGGAGAGCUGCGGGGUCCCUGCCUCCACCCGCCUCACCUUCUUCUAAGACCCCAAGCCCUGUGCACUGGAAUCCUCCCCCUUGCCUUUCUUGGUUCCUCCAAUAAAUGCUGAAAUGGA